AUGUCAAAUCUAAACGAUAAAUUGCCAGAUAUUUUGAAUGAAGCUGUUUUAAAGGAAUCUGUUCCAAUUCCUGAUGACUUCGUUGAAGUCCAUGGUAUUGACUAUUCUAAGCCAGAAGCUACCGAUAUGAGAGCAACCGAUCUUAUCGAUUCUAUGAAAAAAAUGGGUUUCCAAGCAAGUUCCUUAGGUCAAGCUUGUGAUAUCAUUGAUAAUAUGAGAUCUUGGAGAGGUAAGCACAUUUCUGAAGUUGAAGAUCAUAAGAAAAAGGGUAGUUUUGAUGACGAAGGUUACCAAAAAACUACCAUCUUUAUGGGUUACACUUCCAAUUUGAUUAGUUCCGGUUUGCGUGAAACUUUGCGUUUCUUAGUUCAACAUAAGAUGGUUGAUGCUUUGGUUGCUACUGCUGGUGGUAUUGAAGAAGAUAUCAUUAAAUGUUUGGCUCCAACCUACUUGGGUGAAUUUUCUUUGCAAGGUUCUUCUUUACGUGAACAAGGUUUGAACCGUAUUGGUAAUUUAUUAGUUCCAAAUGACAAUUAUUGUAAAUUUGAAGAAUGGAUUGUUCCAAUUUUCGAUAAGAUGUUGGAGGAACAAGAUGCUUAUGUUUCCAAGCAUGGUAUUGACUGUUUGGAAGCUAAUCCAGAUGUUGACUCCCCAAUCUGGACUCCAUCUAAAUUGAUUGAUCGUCUAGGUAAAGAAAUUAACGAUGAAAGCUCUGUUAUUUACUGGGCUCACAAGAAUAAGAUCCCAAUCUUCUGUCCAGCUAUCACUGACGGUUCCAUUGGUGACAUGUUAUUCUUCCACACCUUUAAGGCCUCUCCAAAACAAUUAAGAUUAGAUAUCGUUGCCGAUAUCCGUAAGGUUAACUCUAUGUCUAUGGAUGCUUACAGAGCUGGUAUGAUCAUUUUAGGUGGUGGUUUGAUUAAGCAUCAUAUUGCCAAUGCUUGUUUGAUGAGAAACGGUGCUGAUUACGCCGUUUACAUUAAUACCGGUCAAGAAUUUGAUGGUUCUGAUGCAGGUGCCAGACCAGAUGAAGCUGUUUCUUGGGGUAAGAUCAAAGCCGAAGCCAAGUCUGUUAAGGUUUAUGCCGAUGUCACUGUUGUCUUCCCAUUGAUUGUUGCCGCCACUUUUGCCAGUGGUAAGAAAUUGAUUAAGAAAUCAGAUUGA